AUCCACCUUUAAACAGCCUUAAAGGUACAACAGCCCGUUUUAAGGGAGUCAAACUGCGGGUUGGGCUCUUUUUGAACCGCUUCAGUUCCUCCCCCGGUUUAAUCUUUAACUAUCUGGAGCAGGAAGCUGAUCUUUGUCUCGUCCUUGUGUCUGCAGAACUUUUCCAGUCCGGUUCCUUCCACUCCGGCUCACCUUUCUGACGUCUCACCUAGUGUCCUCGCGUACUUUUCUGCCGUUAUUUUCGGUCCAAAGCUGCCGAACCGUCCGGACAGAAAGUGAAAGCAGAGCCAGAUUAGAGGGGAUUCUCACCUGAGCUCGUCCACAGUUGGAUGCUGAGAUGUCGGAAAUGAUGGAUAAAUCCGGUGGCAACCCCUUCGAGGACGACGUUUCUCUAAAGAGCAACAGGAAGCUGGGAGUCAUGAAUAAGUUGAGAAGGAGCAUCCGAAGGGCCGCAGAGAAAAGUCCGAUACCAGUCGGAGGAAAAGGUCCAAAGACGCCUACAAAGGACGAUGAAUCUGCCUCUUCACCUCCACCUCCGUCACCCAGUCUGAGCUGUGGUUCUCCGGUCGCCUCUCCUCUGAAGAACGACAAACACAAGUCGCUGUCACGUUCAAAGACAGAUCCCAACAUGUCCAGAUUCGGAGACUCUCUCAUGAAAAAAGGAGAAAAGAUUCGCCGAAGCCUGAGACUCCCCAAGAAGGACAACGAUAAAACCGACAAACAGGAGCCACUGCUGCCGGUUUCUGAAGGAUCGAUGGAGGAGAAGGAGGAGGAGAAAGUAGAGGAGGAGAAGCGGAUGGAGGAGAUGGACGAGACGUACGAGCUGCCAGAGAUACCGAACACACCGCUGUCAGUGAUGCAGAUCAAUAACCUGAUAGAGAAGGAGGUCCUGGAGGAGGCCCACCUGAAUCUGCUCUCCAUGCGGAAGGAGUUCCAGCAGGAGCAGCAGAAGCACGCCGAUGACUCGCCCAUGGAGCUGGCCAAAAAGGAGAAAGACCUCAGCCUCCUCUACGGAAACCUGAGGAAGAAGAUGGGCGACAUAGUGCGCGACUCCAACUCUCUUCCCUCCAGAAACAAGGGACUGCUGGUCCCGGUGGCUCGUAUCAUCCAGGAGGAGGAGAAGAGGGCCGAGGAACCAGGAGGGCUGCUGGACAGCUGGAUGGAGGCCUGGAGGGAGGCGGUGGCUGAAGGCGUGAAAGCCAAGGUGGAGAAAGUUCCCCUGGAGAAGAAGGAGCAGAACGUCUCCUGGUUGGCCAUCCACCUGGGACACCUGGGGAAAGCCAUCGUGGAAGAUCUGGAGAACGUGAAGAAGGAGCUACGGUGGUCCUACCCACCCAGCUUUAAGGUCUUCAGCACCUACGUGAGGAGUUACCAUCGAGUGGUCGGGCAGCACCUGAAGAAGUUGGAGGUGGAGGUGACGGAGCAGAAGGACCUGUACGCUCUGCUGGACUGGAUACUCAACAGAUACAAGAGCGAGAGGAUCAUGGGAAGUCCGUCGCUGCAGCCGGACAUGCAGGCUGAAAACACCGACCUGCAGCUGGAGGACGAAUUCCUGAAGCAGCUCAAAGAGAAAUACUGCAGAAAAGUGAAGGAGGACAUGAGGUCUUCACUGGACAGAGUCAUCGAACUGGAGGAUGAGGAAGUCUGGAGCGAAGGCAAAGCACCGAUAAAGGAGGAGAACAUCUUAAAGUCUCUGUUUCCGAUGGACAUCUGGACGAACGUCAAAUCGAACGCCGUAAAUACUCGCAAAAUUGACGCUCAGCUGGAAGUGAAAGUCCUUUCCUCCUGCCUGGAGGAGCUGAAACAUUUUCCAACGAGGUUUGAGUCGGAAUUCCGGCGUCGCUGCAGCGCCCUCAGACCUCAGCCUCUCUGGACCGAGUAUCACAUCGCCUACAUCAACAGCUUCACUUCUUUACAGGAGCACAUGGAGGGCUACGAGGCCUCCUGUCCCGGUGAGGUUGAAGGGCUGAAGAAGGAGGUGAAGGGGCUGGUGGUCCGACUCAUGGAGGUCCUGGAGGAGCAGUUCAAGGAGGACAUCCAGCCCUACCUGAGGAGAAUGAUGACGAGGAAGUGGCUGACCAACGACGACGACUUCAAACAGCUCUACAGCCGGACCAAUCAGCUGUCCCAGCACUGCAACCUGAUGAUGGCUCAAUAUGUCCAGGGCUUCGCGGGUCGAUUGCACCUACAUGUGGUGAAACAAUACGUCGGCCAGCUGAUGGUGAACAACUACUCCUGCAAGAACCGGAAACACGAGAAGGCGGCGACCAAAAUCCGUCACCAGUGGACUGAGCUCCGAAAUCUGUUUGAGGACAUGGAGUCACCUCACGAGUGGCUUCACCCUGUAGGAGACGAGCUGAGCAACAUCAUCGGACAGAAGAACAAGGCAGACAUCCAGAACCAUCUGCAGCCUUUAGUGGAGCACUACCCAGACUUCAGCAAGAAGCACCUGGUUGCCGUUCUGUACUUCAGAGGUUUGAUGAGAGGCCGAGAACACCAGCAGAUCCUGCAGAAACUCUCAGCGCUGAAGAAGGAGCUGAACACCAGCGGCGACGACAGAAACCAGGUUUUAUUCGGAGACAUACAGGUGACGGUGAACACUGACUGCCUCUCCAACCUGCCGUUCUCCUGCUUCAGCUUCCUGAACAACUGACCACACUCUUAUCUGAAACAGCGCUCUACACCUAAGCUGGUGGAUUAUUUCUAAAAACUUCCUCAUGACCUCAUCCCUGGCUGUUUAUGCUCAGCACACGUGAGUCUGGAGGAUCAGUCUGGUGAUGAUUUAUCUCAGUUCAGGGACAAGAAUCAACACGUAAGUUCCUCCUCUGCAGCUCAGAGCUUCAGUGUUGCUCAAUAAAAACACCAGAAACACAGCAGUGAGUCACAGCGUUGCACAAAACGCCGAGUCUCUGCAGCAGACGCUCACUAAAGCAGCAACUAUUCAUCCACCUCCUGUUUUACAUAAUAAAACUAGAUAUCUGUGAGCUGCUACAAGAGUGUAAAACAAGAAAAAGUACUUUAGGAUGAUGCUGUGGUCUCUCCUGUGAUGGAAAAACACAUUUUGUAUAAAUGUAAAAACUUCAAUGACAUAAUUACUGUAACUAAAACAGUCAAAUCCAACGUUAGCAUGAGCGCUAUUUAGCCUCCCAGGUAAUGUUGUCUCCAAGUUCUGCUAGCGUUCCAAAGAAAACCUUUUAAUCUUAAGGUUUAAAGAACUUUUUAGGGAUAUUUCUCAUUUUAAUUAAUGUUCCUAUGAAGCUAAAACAGUCAACGAAGGUGAAACGUUCUCUCUGCGAUGAUUUUUAGAGGUAAGAUUCUAAAACAUGAGCAAACUUUUCAGGAGUUCUGAGCUUCUGUAAAUAAGCUUUUGAAAGAAGAUUAGCAUCUGUAUGCUGGAGGAAACACUCACAUGUCUAAAGACAUUUUGCAAAAAAUUAAUGUCAUAGACGAUGAAUUCACAUUACCAGAUGUCCUCCUAUAGUUAAUACUAAUCCUGCUUAAUGUGGAGCUACAGCCAGCAGCUGGUUAGCUUAGCUUAGCUUAGCUUAGCAUCAACAAUGGAAACAAGGGGAAGGACCUUGACCUUGUGAGAGUGUUAAAGGUUUUUUCCAUCCAAACAGGAAUUCCAAAACUCUGUAAUUCACCAGUCAAAUGUUAUGAAAGGGAGAAUACUCAUUUGUAAAUAUACAGAACUGUGAUUUGAACAUGUAAAUUUGUACUUUUAUGUGAUUUUACAAAAUAUUUAUCUGUAUUUUAACUAAACAGACAAAAGUGUCUUUAAAGAGGAUAUUCUGGGAACUAAAAACAAAGAAAGAAAAACCGACAGAACUUCCUCAGAACAUUUUUAGAAACGAAAGAUUGCAGCCGGACUCCAUAACUACAAGUUUUUGGAUGCAAUCUUCCCGCCAUUUUCAACAGUUAGCGCUAACGCUAAGCUAGUUAGCCUCAGCGGUACAAAUCCAAAACAGCACUUUAAUGCAGUUUUCUUAUUGCACAAAAUAGAAAUAAUUAAAGUUUUGUGAGACUUUUUUCGGCAUAAGUGAACAAAAACACGCAGAAAGCUUCGUGUUUUGGGAGUUUCCUGUGCAAAAUGUCAGAUUUGAGGUGAAGUUUGUGUAUAAAGGUGGAUGCAGUCGUUAAUUCGACUUUAUCAGAGAAGGUUUGCAUUGGCUUUUCACCUUUAUCUCACAUUUAUCAGCAACAGUUAUCAGGUAGAGCUGCAGGAGGUCGUGAAAAAUGCAGAUUUUAGCCUCUAAAACUGUAGAAAUGAAUCUGAGCUGCAGGGACAAAGAAACCUGAGCAGGUUUCAGUGGAAAAAGAAGUCAUAUACGGGUUUGAAAUAGACAUUUAAGUGCAAAGUAUAUCAUGGUAUUUUGAAAGAAAUUGUGAAAAAGGGCACGAAUACCUGAUUUCUUGCAUCGACUUGAGGCCAGUGGACUCCUUCAUCCUUCAUGUGUUUUAAAUUAUAGAACUUUAAUUAAAAUGUGACGCAGUUUGUUAAACAUUUCCAGCUUUGUGAGGAUUUACUUUCCGGGAAGGAAAGCUUUCCUGUUUCAGUGGGGGAGAGGACGAUUGUGCAACUUAGACGGAGCAUAUAAAUGAUAAAAAAGAGGAUUUAAUUGAGUCCAGUUGUUUUGGAGGUGAUGAAAUAAACUGUUCUCAUUCUAAAGUCUGAUAAAAACUAGAACUCUUCCACAAUUCUGUUCUGUGCUGUUGAAACUAAAAUAUUGUGUAAAUAUGUGAAAUUAUUAUCUUUGUAAUAUUUUCUAAAAACUGUGAUUCAUUUAUUGUGUUUGUGAAAUCAUCU